UUUAUUGGUCGUUAAAGUUUCGUGUUAAAUAGUAAUUAAAUUUAAAUGUUAAAAAUUGUGCCAAUCUUUUAGUGUUUUCGAGAUAAAACUUGUGCAAAAAUAACUAAUCAGUAAGGUCAGAGAUCUCCGCUGUUUCGUUCGGUCCGAUAACGGGUGCAAAUGUCUCAAAAGACAGAGUUGCUCGUAACUGCGAGCGAAGCACACGGUUACUGGAAAUAAGUAAACAAACAGUGAAUCAUUAAGCGGUUAUCAAUGCAGGAUGGCGUGUCAGGCCGCGAGUUGGAUUCCGAACGCCGUCGCGACAAUACUGCGUGCCGACAGCACGGCACAGCCAAUAAUCGCUUGGCUAACAACUAUACGCGACUCUACGGAAGAAUACGACCCUUUAGUGACUGUGAAAACGGAUUUAUCGGACUCGGAAGACUCGGAAUCCACCACAACUACAACACCGGAUAGCGCGUUCGAUGAAAUACUCUCGCAGUUAGGGAAAGAGAUUUAUAAAUUAGACGAAUAUCAGAAGAUUUUAGGUCCAGAGGAACAGGAAGUGUCUCUAAGCAUUUUGAAUAUUUUUGACGAGUGUUUGGAAGGAUUCGAAAAUGGAUUCGAAGUGAAAGAAGUGGGAAAUGGUUUUGAAGUGACUCCGGUACAAAUAAGUGCGCCGAGUGAAAACCGUGAUGUUCCAGUGAAAGAAAACGGCGUAGCCAAGGCCAAGGAAAACGGCGACGAGGGUAGCGAUUGUGAAUCGACUUUAUCUGACAUCUCUUUCGUUACUAGCACGCCGGCUAAGUGUGAGAAAGUGAAUGUUGUAAACACUAUUUUUUAUCACGGUGAAGGCACGCCGGUCCCGCCUAGGCGGUCUAGGUUAAAAACGCCAUCGUCUAGUUCAUCUUGUUAUGACAAUAUGGAAUUGAAGACUAGUGUAAACAAUGGGGUUAAGCGAGAUAGCGACAGCGAUUCUGAGAGUACUUGUUGGAGUUAUAAAGAAUGCAGCGACGCGGACGAUCCUAAAGACAGGUACGCUACCGUCUGGUCCCAGUCAACAGGGUUUCAUAACUCUGAUGAGAUUUUACGAAGGGUUUUAUCGCAGAACCACGCGACUAUAUCGCGAUUGUCUUUCGAUACGGCCAGUGACUUCACGCCGACGCAAUACUCGGUGUACGCGCUGCACGAGGUGGGAGACAGGUGCGCAGUCGACGCCAUGACGCCGGACAAGCCUGACGACGGCGGCUACGAGCCCGUCCGCGACGCGAUCACCACCGACGAGAACAUUUACGAGGAGAUCGAGUACGGAUACAGUUUUACGGACGAGGGGUGCUCUUGUGGCGGCAGUGUUGAAGUUGAAAGCUGUUCCAUCAGUGCUAGCUCCGAAGGAGUCGGAAGAGACAGUCCUGUGUACGCGAAUUUAACAGACAAUGACGCCUAUGCGGUCACCGCAGACGUCCUAUACUGGAGAAACGUUUUGCUACUGGACCCAUAUUACAAUGAAGACGAAGAAGAUGAGUGGAUCAGCCCAGAGAAAUCCGUGGAGUAUUCCCGAGAGAUUCGACCACCGUUGGUCAUCCCUCGCAUCACGCAGUACCGUGCGCCGAGGAGAGAUACUCGCACUGUCGCCUCUAACUAUGAGGAGUGCACCGAAUCCAAGCCAGUGACAGUGAAAUCGUCAGUGCGUCAGUAUGAGCGCCUGCAGGACUGGAACUUUGAGCCGCGGCGUAUGGACGACCGCUAUGGAGUCGCCGGCAGCCCGCCGUUCCAGAGGCUACAUAAAAAGAUGAGCGGUUCCUCCGAGAAUCUCCUAGCCGCUCGUCGCCCAGUCCACCUGCCGCUCCCCGCCUCCUCAGCCUCCUCGGGAGACAGCCUGGACGUGGAGGUCAGGGGUGGCUCCGGCUACGGACGGGCCAGGAAGUCCAAGAGCCUGGUGCCUUCAAAGAGGGGGCUGCGGUCCCCGGUGCCGGCGCCGAGGACCGUGCUGCCGGAGAGCAUGAUGAUUAAUGAUGGGUUCACCGUAAUCCAUGAAGGGCCGGUGAAGCGCACGAAAUACUUCGAGGGCGGUAAGAAGAGUAAGAAGAACUGGGUGGACUGCUACAUGGUGCUCACCCCAUCGGCACUGCUCAGUUACAAGGAUCUCAGGACGUAUCAGGCUUCGAAGAUGCAGAAGCCUCCAGGAACGCCGCCUAGUCCCACCGCGCCGCGUCCGGAACUCAUCCUCCCACUCAAGAACGCACAUGUCAUACAAUGCGUACAGACACAGACUAGGAGGUACACAAAAUCAAUCGAGUUGACGGUCAGCCACGACCGCUUCCUACUCCAAGACGACAGCGAAGAGGGCGCCAAACGAUGGCUCAGGGAGAUACAAAAUGUCAUAUACAAACUUGGCCCACCCACCGAUGACAACCUCUCAAUCAUGAACCAAAGCAGCAACACGGACCUCGAGAGCCUGGGCCGCACGCCGCCGGCGUCCAGACACUCCAACAGGAGCAAACAGAAAGCCGGCGGGAGCAGUAACGAAGAUCUCAGCGAUUGCACAGAGCCACCGAACAAGAGUCACGUGAGAAGCAGACUUAAGAAGUUCUUUCUCAAACGGCCGUCCAUGGAGCAACUUGUCAAAAAAGGGAUCUACAAAGAUGAACCUGUCUUCGGCCGCAAUCUCUCCGAGGUGGUGCCGGCGGAUGCGAAUCCGCGUGUGCCGCCGUUCGUCGUCGCCUGCAUCAACGAGAUCGAGAGCAAUGAGGAGAAUAUGUGCACCGACGGACUUUACCGGGCCAGUGGGAACCUGAGUCAGGUGCAGAAGAUACGGCUGGAUAUCGAUCAGAACAAGCUGUCGUCGAUUGAGGAGAACGCAGAUAUCCACGUGCUGACCGGAUCGUUGAAGCUCUUCUUCAGGGAGUUGAAGGAGCCGCUUAUACCCUGCAACAUAUUCGACAGGGUGCUUGCAGCUUGCUCAAUAAAACCAAGAGAAGCGAAAAUCAAAGAGUUCCGUGAUAUAGUGAACUCACUACCGCCGUGCAACCGCGACACACUGAAAUAUCUGCUGGAACAUUUAUUAAGAGUAACAAAGUACAGCGAGCGCAAUCGCAUGCACACCGCCAACCUCGCAAUAGUCUUCGGCCCCACGUUACUCUGGGCCCCCGCCGAGCAGGCCCACAACAUCGCGAUAGACUGCAUCCAACAGAACAAUGUCGUUGACACACUCCUCACAGAGUUCAACGAGAUCUUCGAAGAAGGCAAGGGUAGGAGGAAGUCGUGACUCGGACUUUAUAGGAAGCGAGUCUGAGAGCCCUUUGAAUUUUAGAUGGUGGGACUAUGUUUCUAGCUAUGCAGAUACCGGAUCAGUGACUGAAAAAGAAUUUUAGCCUCUGACGCAAGAUGAUGCCUCUCUGGCCUAUUCUACGCCACUUCACGCCAGUUGGGUACUCCGAGAGUGACCAUGAACGGGGCACCGAUUUUAGAAUUUCGAGCGCUCGAUUUCAUCACUCGAAAAUCUGUGAAAACGGCGAAUUGAUAUUUUUUGAAAUACGAGCAAUAGAAAUUGGGAAUCUAGUGAUAUUGACCACUCGUUUUCAAUUCUAUUAGUAGCAUUUAAAUGCCUAGUAGUAGCGAUAUAUUGAAUCCACACGAUAUCGAGCGCGCGAAAUCCAUAAAUCAGCCCCUGGUCUUUUAGGCCUUCGUCACUCCAUCGGUAUCAUAAAUGCAGAUAGUGCGUCUGAAAUGAAAAAUUCCGAAGGGCUUGAUGGUCAGUUUGAAGUAAAGAGACUUUCUUUGAAGUAAAAAUACUAGGCCCUCAUAUAUAGUAGGAUCUUGGAAGUCCUGCAAAAUCUAUGUGAUAUGGGCUGAAAUGGGCUAUAUUAUAAUCUAUGCUUUAGGUCAACGUGCCAAAUGUUGAUGACCAAAGCGAUUGAUCAAAUUGACGUUAUGGCUAAUUUGUGAUUAAUUUACUUUUGAAUUCUUUAUAUAUUAUUAAAUUGUGAAACGGGACUUAAUCGCGUAUUUACGUUUUGCGAUUUAAAUACCCAAUUAAGUCCCGUUUUACAAUUUAAUAAUGUGUAAAAAUCGUGAAAGUUUAAACCAGUCUUUAUCAAUUAUUUGCCGUCCAAAGUAAAAUUAAAUUGCUAAAAUUGAUGGAUAAUUUUUCAAUGCAUGUUAUGCGAAAUACGAGUAACUACAUCGAGUGUUUAUACAAAAUAAUUUAUUUAAAUUAUACGUACAUACAUACAUAUAUAAUAUUAUACGUAAUUUUUUUCAUAAGUUAGUUAUAACGUCACAAUUAUUUAUGAAUUAAAUAUAUCUAGUUGAUGUAAUAUUAAGUGUGGACUUAUAUUGUAACAUAUUUAAUGCAUGUAGAAAACUACUUAGUCUAAACAUGUAUAUAGAUGUGAUACGUAAUUAUUUACUGAGAACUAGAUAUUGGCCUUUUAAUAUAACUAAAUUAUUGAUACGCUAAAAUAGAUCAACUUUGUGUAAAUCCAUUAAAAUGAUUGAUAGAAAAUUCAAUUGAUCUCCGCUUAAAAGAUUCUUUGAUAUAACAGGGUAUUAUAAUCAACGGGACAUAAGCUUCUAUCUUUUUUCAAUUAGACUGGUGGAAAAGAGAUAGAAUAUUCAGGUCCUAUAUUACACUGGUAAUCACAGUACGUAAUCACUAAUCAGAUAUAAUUCACGAAAAGUAUAGUUUUGUAUAAUGUUAUACGAAAGUUAAAGGAACAAAAAUAUAUUAUAUGGAAUGUAAAUUUAUUAGUAGUUUCAAGUAUUAAAAUUACUAAAUAUAUCCACUAAGGUGUGGUAAAUAAUGUAUUGCUGCCGAUGUAUAUAGUGUUGUGAUCGCCAAGCAAUUAUGUUUGAAAGACUGCGGGACUUGGAAAUAUAAUAAAUGGAACAUUUUAAUUUAACAUAAACAUGUAUUUUUGGGUAAUCUUGUAAAUAGCCCCCCAUUAUUAUAUUUAGAGCUAGUGGUAAAUAUAUUUUUUUUUCACGGAAAAUAUGCCUAAGUACCAUCAACCGGGGUGAAUAGGGACGGCUGGGGGAAUAGGGACAAAACUUUAAAUGUGAUUUACCUGACAAUUUCUUAGCAAAUAGCUUCACAAAUCGUAUCAUUCCAUUGAAAGCAAUAGAUGAUUUUGUAUAAUUCAAUUUGUGUGGGUAUUUUUUAAGAAAUCGUCAGGUACAUUACAGUUUUAAUUUCGUCCCUAUUCACCCCACAUUGCUCGUCCUACGCCACAUUGUAUGUUUCUUUGUUUUUAAAUUAUACAAUUUAAUUUAGUAAAAAACAUAAAAUGAUGGAAUAGGUUUUAAAAUGACGUAGGAAAGGACUUAAAUCGCCUACAAUUGAUUUUUCCUUUGUGUAACAUGUAAAUAAACGUACGACUAUUUUUCGUUACACAAUUGAAUAAAUGAAUUAUAGAUAAAAUAAGGGUCAGUCAAAUCUUACCUAUGUACAAAACUGACUCACUGAACAUUUGUAAAACAUUCUUAUUAUAAAAAAUAAAGUAUACAAGUGAAUAAUGAUCAUAGUAUUAUAAAUACAAAUAUUCUCUAUUACUCACCAAUAAUAAUUGAAACAAUACAUAUUAAGCAUAUAACUUAAACUAUGAUGACAACAGGCGGUCUUAUCGCUAAAGACCGAUCUCUUCCAGAUAACCUUUAUACUUGUUUGGUUGAUUUUUUUUCAUACCACUAGCUCUCAGUGUAUCUAUACUCAAGGUCAUAAAUAUUUAUACAUUUCUUCAGCUUAAUAUAAAGAUUUAUUAAGCUGAAAAUAUAUGUUUAUGGCCUUGACUGUAUUAGUUGUAGGCUUGAAGCCAAUAUGUAUCGUGUGCCUUAAGCUGCAUAUGUAUAUAUUCAUCUUGGAUGAAAACUUAUGUGAUAAUGGUGUGUUGUUGUUUAUGCAAUUUAUUUGGGAAGGUUAUAUUAUAACCCUCUUGUUAACCCUUCAGUUUAGGGGAGAGAAAGUGUUAACUAGUCUAAGUCAUGUAGAGUAAUGGAAGUAUACUCCGUUUCAAAUAAUGUCAAAAAGUAGAUUGAUCUGUGUAAAAUUGUCCUAUAAUAAAAAAAAGUUAGUUGAUACCAGUGGUAUUACGUUAUUUUUUGAUGUUUCUUCGUGUUAUAAUAUAAUGCAUAUUUUUCAUAUCACAACAUAUGUUUGUACUUAUGUUUUUCUCUGUCAUACACGUUAUCGUAUAUAUACUAUAUAUUAUCCGUCAUAGUAUGGUAUGUCUUGUAUUUCUUUGUUAUUCGCUGGACACAGAUCAGAGGUGCGUGGCUUGUAUAAUUUUCAAUUAUUGAAACGGAGUAUACUUCAUAAAAUAUCGUUCUUUAAACGUAAUUCAGCAAAUAUGUUGCUGAAAACGUCACUUUUAAGAUUUUUUUGUUUUAUUUUAGAAAAAAAUAUAGAUCCUUAUUUAUGUUACAAUUCAAAAGUAAAUAAAAGUGUAACUUUUCACCGUGUAGGUUUAGGAUUUUAAAAUUCAAAUUCAAUUUUUAUUUUAUCUGAUACCGUACUGGUUUUUGAAGCAUUAAGGAUCGAAGUUGUAAAUAAGUGUCAAUUUAUUAGUUAUACAGUAAUCUGUUCUUUUGUGGACUGAAACUGUCAUGUAUAUGAGUAUAUUAUAUAUUUAAGGAUAUUUGUCGAGUGAUUGUAUGUCUGAAAUACUCAGAAAUGUAACACCAAUGUAGAUCGAAUACUGAAGUUAAGCUAGGUACCAAAGUUUUAUAUUUUCGGCCGAUAGGUAAUAUAUGACUAUAUGACUAUAUUGACUAUGUUAGAAAGCCAAUGCUUGAUAGAGAACGAAGUUACAUAAAAUAAAAAUUCACCUAUUUUA